AUGUACAAUAAGCAGUAUGGGAGGACGCAUUUUGAGAGCGCUGCCGUGCAAGAAGAGGCCAGCAUUCAAAAGGAGAGAGAUCGUGUAAUGUAUCGCCGUGAAAGCGGUAGUGGAUGCGGCGUCUCAGUAAGCCUCAAUGAGGAACACCCUCCUGCCUCAUGUUGUCUAAAGGGCCUCAUCAACGGGAGCCAAGCUGAAUUCGCACAGUGCUCAGCAGCUGUGGACAUGCAAGAUGUUCCUUCAGCCUACAAAACCAAGGCCCAAGAAGGAUCCUUGAUUCCUCCUGGAAGGCAGGGUAAUGGAUUGAGGAACUCCCCUAACGUUAACUCUCAGCUGCGCCCUCCAUCCCCUGAAGACGAAGUGACAGAGUCUCAGGACGACACACCUGAGACUGCUGCUGUCUCGUGCACAGUGCGCAGGGGAACAGCAACAGUCCAGCUUGCCGGUAGCUCAAGCGACUCACCACUGUCACAUUUGAGUAGUGUCGAAGGAGCUGCAGAAAGUUGGGAAGGGCAACGAUGUUUCCACGAGGAGCACCUGGAUGCUUGCUCCUUAAGUGAGCUCAGUGAAUACCUCCAAAUUUUUUCUUCAUUCUUGUCUCUAUCCCUUUCUGAAGUUUCUAGACAAGCGCCGGCCACUUUGCAGCACGUCAGGCUUCAGUUAUUGCUGCUGCGAAACAGUCACCAGCAGCAACCGCAUCGACAGCGUCAGGCAAAACAGAUUCUCCAGCGGUGGCCUCCAGGGCUGCAGUCUUCCGCCGUCGGAGGAUCUGAUGGUGACGAUGACGAACCUUCUUUAAACAGCUGUGCGGAGGCGGCGCUAUCACCAGUAGACGCCUGUUUGCACGCUUCGGCAUCUGGGGCAACCCGCCAAUCGGUGCCAUUUGGCAGUACUAACUUAUCCUUUCUCUCGUCCUUCUCCUCUUCUCCCAAUUCCCAGGUUGAUGUUGAGGCACCAUCAAUAGCAACGUCCGCUGUACAAGGGGAAAAGACAGCAAACGGCGGUGCUGUCUCCGCAGGUGAGUGCGAAGCGGGACCCCAGCCAACAGGAGUAAGAACUUCAGAAUUUCCCUCGUCUUCAGUGGAUGCAUUCAGCGUGGAUGGGCCUCCAAGCAACGGCAGCAACGCAGCAACCAUCGGUACACCUACGACAGUUCCAGACUGUCCAGUACCGCCUCCAGUCCCCACGACAUUUGUCACUGCAACAGCGAACGAUCAACCUGGUGUGCCAGCCGGACUUCCUCCCUGUAAGGAGAAGUUACCGCUGCAGUGGAAUUCUGAUUGUGGAGGUGCAGCAGGCGCAGCAACAGUACCAGCCGCAGGCUUGAGGUGGGCUCCCCUGACAGGGACUGCUAUUGGCAUACGACUGCACAAUCUCAUUGGCGGGACAUCAUUGGGCCUGAGUAACUCCCUUUCGUUGUCUGGAAGUUCCGGGGGGGCGAUUCAACACAGCACAGAAACACCCGCUGGGCCAUCACUUACUGCAAACAGCAGCUGCGGGGUAGGAGGCGUUUUAGAAGGAGGAACGGCUACUCUAGCGCUUGCCCCCGGCCCCCUUGAAUGGAUUCGUGACGGUGCGGCAAAUACAACGAGUAACCAGCCGAUGGGAGUUCCCGUAUCUCCUUAUGCAUUUUUAAGUAACGGGCACUCUCAGAGCCCCGAGAAUACCCUACAAUUCGCGAGGACGGUGCACAGUACUCGCGGCUCCUCUAACGCAUGCGCCACAAGUCCAGCAGACCUAGGACUAGUAAUCCCCGCUGAUGGUCUUGGCCAAGGUAGGGCCCAGAGAGGCAACGUCCAGGCCGGAGACAGUGUUCUUCCAAGCGUGCAUCCGAUCGGGGCAGCAAAGGGAAGGGUUGUGAGGCGAGAGAAGACGGCACGAGAGGUGGAGCACGAGGUUCUAAGGAUACCAGCAGAAAAGCAAGCAGCGCCGUCACACCAAUCCCCCAAGUUACUAUAG